AUGCGCAUCGGAAACCCAUUACCCACCUCACUUCCUCUCGAAUGCACUAAGGCGGCUCAGACUUUCAAGAGUUUCGUCAGUCCAACCAAUGGUCUUGAUGGUCUCAUACCCUCUCACGUGCUCAGAUCUGCCCACGGAUUCGCCAUCUUCACCGUUGCCAAGGCCGGCUUUCUGAUGUCCGUCCGAGCGGGCACAGGGGUGGUGGUUGCACGUCUACCCGAUGGUCGAUGGUCGCCGCCGUCAGCAAUAGGUACGGGUGGGAUGGGCUUUGGCGGCCAAGUGGGCGCCGAGGUCGCCGAAUUUAUCCUCGUCCUCAACUCCAAAUCCGCGCUCACCCAAUUCAUGUCCGCCGGCUCGAUCACCCUGGGCGGGAAUGCGUCCGUCGCUCUAGGCCCCAUCGGUAGAAACGCCGAAGGAUCUGGUGCUCUCAACUCCAAAGGCAAGCUUGCUGCCAUGUAUUCCUAUUCUAAAACUAAAGGUGCUUUUGCCGGGAUCAGUGUUGAGGGCAGUGCGAUAUUCGAAAGGCAGGAUUGCAAUGUUAAGGCUUAUGGCCGCGGUGUGACAGCAACCAAGAUACUCGCCGGUCAUAUUGACCUACCCGUAUGGGCAGAAGACCUGUCAGACAUUCUCAUGGCGCGAGCAGGAAAUUACACCGAAUACGUCGAUCGUCAUCCUCAAUCAGAAUCACCCAGGAAUACAAGUUUUGAAGAUGAACGCCCAGCAGGGGACACCAACGCCUACGUCGGAAACACUCCGUUUGAGUCGCGGAACAAGGUCGAUUUUGAACCAGAGGGCGACCGUGAAGUGCGCCCACCUGUUGAACCUUACUCCUUUGGGACGUCUUAUACAUACGGAUCCUCUGGCCGUGCCACCUCAAAAUCGCAGAGCAGAAAAAGUAUUUUCACCGUCGGUUCCUGGCGACUGCCCAGUCGCCAGAAUUCCGCCAAGACGGACCGAAGCAGCCCCAGCCGACAAGGCUCAGGUGCUCCGCAUUGGAUCGAUAAUAUCAGGUCGGAAUCUCCUCCGCCACCAGACAAAUGGAAACCCCCGCCUCUGACCAGUGUCCAUCCAUACGACUCCCACUCCACCCUGAUCACCGAACAGCUGACCGAAAUCUCAGCGAGCCACCACCGCGAUGAGGAUUUUGAUGCCCAUGCACACAGAGGAGGCAAGAAGGAUGAUGAUGACGAAAUACAAUCACUAUCUUCCAUUGCAUCAGAUGAUGAUGGACCACUUGAUUCAUUGAACGAUUGGCACGACUCGCAGCCACAGCCGCACACGGCUAACAUGUCCCGUCUUCCUAGUGAAUCCACCGCCAAGAACAUCGGCCCCAAGCGUGACUGGUAUGGUGUGAUUCAAGAAGAAGAUGGCAAACCGAGGGAUUUGACGGGGCAGAAUGGGAUGAUUGAUGACUUGAUGAGCUUCGAUCACAUCGGUCCACCCAGCCCGGUCAAUUACCUAUCUGGUCGUUCGAAAAGUGACUUUGGAGGACGCCAAGGCGGCAAGUAUUCCUCGUCGAUUGAAGACUACUCCCACGAGAACCACGACUUUUUUGGGAACGGUUCGAUGGCCAAAACGAACAGCGCUCGGACUCUGAAAUCUUCUCAGACCGGGAUCUGGAGCGACCUACCCAAGAAGAAGCCGAUCUCCGCAUUCUCGUCGACAGAUAAGCUGCAUUGUUUCGAAGGCCCAGAAGGUCCCCAAGCGGUGCCUGAGCUCCCACGCGAUCGAGAGGAAGAGAAGGAUUUCUUGGUCGGGACGGCGAUGCCAUCGGUGACUUGUACCAAGACUGAUGCGACCGGUUACUUGGGAAAAGCUGUCGCUCAGUUCGAUUUCGUGGGCGAUCAAGCUGGUGACCUCAGCUUUAAGAAGGGAGAUGCAAUCCUUAUUGUCGAGAAGAUUGACGAUCAAUGGUGGCUGGGAUCGAUCGGUUUGAGAAGAGGAAUCUUUCCAGUCAAUCGGGUUUCUACUUUCAAGCAUUAA